CAACAAAAUUUUCCCAUAAACCCUUGAAGAACCCUUGAAGGCCUCCAUCCAUCGAGGUCGAGUCAUCAUCAAUACCCUCGUUUGGUCUCGCUGUAUCUCUCUCCCCGAAGAUGAGUUCGUAUAACAACGGCACAGCCAACUUCGACAAUCUUCUCAUGCAAACCCUCAUGGGUCGCCUUCAAAUCCGCCCACAAAACCCACUCCUCCCCCAAUCCCUAGAAGACCUUCUCUUCGAUCCCGCCAUCACCUCCCAUCUCUCCUCGGACGAUGACAACGACGACGAUUCCAAAACCCAACUCGCAAAGGAGGAAUCGAAGCUCGAGAAGGAGAUCAUACGAAUAAUUCUCUCCGGCAAUAUCCAAUCCCUUAAACCCAACUCGGGUCAAGCUGUUACAAUUGGUGAACACCACAUUUGUGUCGGGUUUCAUGAAGAAACAGGGUCCGAUUAUCGGGUUUGGGAGUGGCACGGACACAUAAUGUUGUUCGAUGAAGAAAAUGGGUAUACACCGGAGUAUAUAUAUGGGAAUUAUUUCGAAAGAGUUCCGGUGAAAGCGGCCGCGAAAGUGGGCGGCGAAGAGAAGGAUGACAAGGUGGGGAAUAUGGGGCUGAGGGAAUUGAUUGAAUCGGGGGAUUCUAGUAGCAGUCGGAUUAUUCAUCGAAAUAUGAAUUCGGGUUCUCCCAGAUUUUAGUGGAGAGGUGUAAUUGGAGUUUGCUAAAAAGGUCCAUGGAAAUGGAGGGGACUCCUCUCAGGUUUCCAUGCUGAUUACUCUUUUCACAUCUUCUAUUGGCAGAGAAGCCAAGAGUCUUUAGGGUGGUUCUCUUCCUUCCUAGUUCUUUAUAUUUGAGUUUCAAGAAGAAGGAGAAGAAGAAAUGGGUAUCUCCUGUAAAAUGAGAUUUCUCUUUAACUAGUUUUGUUCAAUUUAUCAACACAAAUAAGUAUUUUGCAUUUGUUUUAGAGCCAGUCCAGUGGGGGUUGCAUAUUUUAUCAUAUGAUGCCAAAGUCUUCCAUAUCAUCUUAUAUUAUAUGUCACUUAUUUUAUGAAACCAUUCAAUUUUUUA